AUGAAUCUAUCUGAUUCAGAAGGGAAGAACUUGUAUCAGUAUCUCAAUUUCAAUUCAAACAUGGGUUUGAUUCACACUCCAUGUUAUGAGAAAUAUUUACCAUCCGAAAAGAGGAAAAAACGGAGUCUUUGUCUAAAGAAAUGCGUUGAGAAAGGGCAGAUGUAUAGAACUUUUCAACGAGAUAGUGCUUAUUCAACUCUCUCAAAAUGGAAUCUAUUCCAAACAUAUAUGCCAUGGUUCCUUACUUCGACAGGGUACAGAUAUCUAAAGUUUUUCUUUUUAGAUACUUUUUCAGACCUAUUGCCGAUACUAAGUAGCAGUCAAAAAUUUGUAUCCAUUUUUCAUGAUAUUAUGCAUGGAUCAAAUAUAUCAUGGCGAAUUCUUCAGAAAAAAUUCUGUCUUCCACAAAGGAAUCUGAUAAGUGAGAUUUCGAGUAAGUGUUUGCAUAAUCUUCUUCUGUCCGAAGAAAUGAUUCAUCGAAAUAAUGAGUCACCAUUGAUAUCGACACAUCUGACAAAUGUUCGGGAGUUCCUCUAUGCAAUCCUUUUCCUUCUUCUUGUUGCUGCAUAUCUCGCUUGUACACGUCUUCUCUUUGUUUUCGGGGCCUCUAGUGAGUUACAGACAGAGUUCGAAAAGGUCAAAUCUUUGAUGAUAUGGGGCAAUUACUUAAAAGGCCUCAUUGGUAAGUGCUACAAGAUCUCGUGCAUUGGAACCCGGGGAGAACAGGCCAUUCGGCAGGGGGAUUCUGAAAUUGCGGAGGCUUGGUUCGACCAAGCCGCUGAGUAUUGGAAACAGGCUAUAGCACUUACUCCUGGUAAUUAUAUUGAAGCGCAUAAUUGGUUGAAGAUCACUAGACGUUUCGAAUAA